UAGAAGACAAAGGAGUCGCUCCAACAUUGGUAUGGUGCAAACAAGAAAAAGAUCCGUUUGUUCUAGUUCUUUUAUCGACAUCUCCGCAAUCUAUUGUACCUAGACAAAGUUAAUUAGCCGAUAAAAUUGAUUGAUGCGAAUGCAGAAAGUCCACCGCCGGACUUACAAACAUCUGAUCACUUUCUAUUUAUUUUUUCAGCCCAAAAAAAAAAAAAUCCUCCAAAGCGAAGGUGCUCUUUAUUUGGCAACCAGAGAUCCAUCAGAAUUAAUUCAGAUCAUCGAGAUGGAAUAUUUCGUGAGCAGUUUAUUUUAUCUUUUUCUCAUCAUUUGGAUUCUAGUUAAAGCCUUGGAACUAUUCUCUUUUGCAAGAAGCAGAAAGCUUCCACCGGGCCCAAAACCUCUUCCCAUAAUUGGAAACCUCUUGGAGCUUAUUGGUGACAAAUCCCACAAAUCCUUGGCCAAGCUUUCCAACUCUUAUGGCCCGAUUAUGCAUUUGAAACUCGGCCAAAUAACGACAAUCGUUGUCUCUUCCGCUGCAGUGGCCAGAGAAGUCCUCCAAAGGCACGAUCGGCUCUUCUCCAACCGAACAGUCCCAGACGCGAUCCACGCAUCCGAUCAUAGUGAGUUUAGCCUGCCGUGGAUGCCUAUUUCCCCAACUUGGAGAAAACUCCGAAAAAUAUGCAACUCGCAUUUGUUUUCCGCUAAGGUUCUUGACGCCAACAUGAGCCUGAGGCACAAGAAGGUACAAGAGCUACUAGCCGAUGUCCAUAAAAGCGCGAAAGAUGGCGAGGCAGUGGAUAUUGGGAAAGCAGCUUUCAAAACUUCCCUGAAUAUUUUGUCCACCACUUUUUUCUCUAUGGAAUAUUUCGCCGACCAUGCAUCGGACACGGUCCGAAAUUUCAAGGAGAUCGUUUGGGGUAUGGUGGAAGAAAUUGCACGACCGAAUGUGGCCGACUAUUUUCCUAUCCUCAGAAUGGUUGACCCUCAAGGAAUUAGGAAGCGAACUACUAUUCACUUCCGCAAAACCUUGGACUUGUUCGGCAAUAUCAUCAACCGAAGGUUGCAAAUAAGAGAAAAGAUCGGUUCGACCCAAGACAUUGAUAUGUUAGAUACUCUUAUUAACAUGACGAUCAAUAAAGAAAAGCUGGAAGAUCAUGAUCAGCUUGACAAGACCACAAUUGAGCAUUUAUUACUGGAUUUGUUUGGCGCGGGUACUGAGACGACUUCAGCCACAUUGGAGUGGUCAAUGGCUGAGCUACUAAAAGCCCCAGAGAUCUUGUCAGAAGCCCAAGCAGAGCUUGAGCAAGUUAUUGGCAAAGGAAACCAAGUGAAGGAAUCCGACAUAGCUCGGCUUCCUUACUUACAAGCCAUUGUCAAAGAAACCCUUCGCUUGCACCCAACAGUUCCGUUGCUGCUUCCCCGUAAAGCUGCGAAGGACGUCAAAGUCUUCGGCUACACCAUACCGAAAGGCGCACAAGUUAUAGUCAAUGUGUGGGCCAUUUCCAGAGACUCCACCAUUUGGGAGAACCCCGAAAAGUUCAUGCCAGGGAGGUUUCUGGAUUCAAAUAUUGAUGUGAGAGGUCACGACUUUGAAUUCACUCCCUUUGGCGCGGGACGAAGAUUAUGUCCUGGCUUGCCUUUGGCAAUUCGGAUAUUGCCUUUGAUGUUGGGUUCAUUGCUUCACUCCUUUGAUUGGAUGUUGGAAGAUGGGGUUACUCCAGAGACUAUAAACAUGGAAGACAAAUUUGGCCUCACGUUGCAGAUGGCUCAGCCUUUGCGAGCCAUCCCUAGGUCAAUCAAUACAUAAUGUAUAUACGUACGCACACUACUUUUUGCAAGUGAAAUCAUAAGGCGACUAUCCAAAUUUCCAUUUUUUUUCCCUUUGUUUACCCGAUAAUA